GGGCGCUCUUCCUGGAGGCGUUUUCAAAAACCAUCCGGUUGACAUUGUUGGAAGUUUUUGUUAUGGUUUUUAUUGACUAGAAAGUGCUUAAAUACUUAUCAUAUAAAGUAUUUAGUGUCUACAUUCAGAACGUAAUGGCUCAUGGCCUGUCCGAAACUGAAAUGAUGAGUGGAAUAAUGCCACUCAAUCGACAAGCCCAGUUGGCCUACAGCAAUAGGCACCUUGACUCAAUUUCAACUAAACUAGCGAACCUUGAACAGCGGCUGUCAGCAGAUCCACGUCCACAUGAAUCUCCUACACGUAGGUCAGGAAAUGUUGCAUCAUCGAGCACGACAAGUGUCACCGAGUCUAUUGUUGCUGGGAAUGUUUCCAGGAACCUGACACCAUCAAGGCACACUGGUGUGUCUGUUUCUCCAUCGAUCCGUGGUUCAAACAGGAAAUCAGAGGAUCACAACUACAAAGGAAAUGAAUAUUCAUAUGGGACAAAAGAGAAGGCCAAGAAAGAAUUAUUUACAAGUAGUUUCAAUGAUAUGCCUACAGAGAAUGAGCAUCACCGUAUCCAUGAAGUGAGUCAAGACAUUUCAAAGAUGGAGGAAAUACGAGAAAGCCUGCAUCACAUAAUCUCGCCUAUCAAUAGCAGAACCACCUACCAAAAUGAAAAUGUUAAUCAUGGUGCUAGCUCCCCUGUGAGUGACCAGUUUAGCAAUGGUUUCCAUGACAAUGAGCGUCAAAAUGAAUCACUGGAGAGUAUGAAAACUGAAGCACUGUUAAGUAUGAAGCCGCAUGUGUCCCCCGGCUCCUUGGACAGUGGUGUUGUCUUCCAUCGAGGUGCUCUCCAACAGCGGCAUGCAUACGUCCCAAACUCGUCCCUAAUCACCGAGAACCAGAUCCUAAGAGAUAGCCUAGAUGGAGAACGAUACAGGAGAAAGCAUUGUGAGGAGCAAAUAAGUGAGUUACAGGCCAAGCUGCUAGAGUCACAGCAGCAACUUGCUGUAGCUGUCUCCACAGAUAGAAAGAAGGAUAUUAUGGUACAACAGCUGGACAAGACUUUAGCAAAGGUUGUAGAUGGAUGGAAGAAAAAUGAAGAAGAAAAAGUAGCAAUUAUUGCAAAAAUGAAAGGAGAAAAAGAGGAGGCCGAGAAAAUGCAAGAACGCCAAAAACAGCUGCUGGCUACAUUUGAGAAGGAUUUGGCCCAAGCCGUUGACCAGCUCAGCAAGGAACAGCAAAGAGCAAUUCGAGUUGAGAGAGAUAAGCAAACUGAGAUUCAGGCAUGUAAAGAACAAAGGGAAGAAAGUUUACAGUUAGUGCAAGAAGAGAAACAGAAAAGGCAAGCUUCUGAAGAAAUGAAAGAAGAUUUAUAUAAACAGAUAAAAGAUCUACAAGACAGAAUUGCAAAGGAAAGGGAUUUGAAAUUGGAAAUACAAAUUAAAUUGCAGAAGGAAUUACAGCUUUUGAGUGAGAAACAUUUAAAAGAAUUAGAAUCAGAACAGGUAAGUUCUGCUGCUGCACUAGAAAAGUCAACUGAGGCUGAGGAACUUGUCAAGACGUUGCAUGCUGAAAUGAUGGAAUUGAAGGAACAACUGCAAGAUAUUGAACAAGAAAAGGAGAAUUUGAGACUAGAGUUAGAAAUGCAGGCAGCAAAAUUUGAAGCUAGCCGACUCCGUAAGGAGACAGAGGCACAAACGGAGGUCGAGAAAACAGUCGCAAACAGAAUGAAGGAAUUUGAGUCUCGAAUGCAACAGGAGCAGAAGAAAGUACAAGAGUCUCAUCGACAGCAAGUACAAAAUUUAUUAGAAGGUCAUCAGAAGGAGAUAGAGGCAAUGGAAGCAAAGACACAUGAGGAGUUACAGAGCAUGACCGUGAGAUGGAAAAAUGUUGCGCAAGAUCUGCAACAGAGGCUUGAUGACAGUAACAUGGAAAUGAGCUCUUUGAAGCAAAGACUUGAGCUGGAGGGUGGACAUUAUUGUGACAUCAUUGGGCAGUUCCAGAGGCAGUGCCAGGAAUUGAUGCAGUGGAUCCAGGUACUCAGGAAUCCAGAUGAUCACAAGGAAAUAAGAAAUUAUGAUACAUUCCAGAAAAAUGUUUCAAGGUCGGGUACCAGCAAUUUAGCAUGGACUCCACCAAAACAAUCAUAUCCUUUGGCCUCAUCAUCACCCGCUGUCAAGCUGACCAAUCAGAUGUCAGGUAUUUACACAUCUUCGGCAGGGGGUGUUACCAAUGCGACAACACAUCAUCAUCACCCUCAUGGGUACGUGCAAGAACUCCCUGAUGUGCGCAUCACACAGGAUAAAUCUAGGAUGGAGAUGUCGUCAAACUACCCUAGUAGGCAGUCAGUAACCUAUCCUGCCCUGUCCGAGACAUCCUCGUUCAAGCCUCUGCAGUCAAGUCACUCUAGUAGAGUGUCGGUAAGCCAACCUGUCCUGUCCGAGACUUCCUCAUUCAAGCCCAUGCAGUUAAGCUACCCUAGUACGGUGUCAUCAACCCAGCCUGCCUUGUCCGAGAAUUCCUCAUUCAAACCCCUGCAUCCUCAGUAUGAUGAUCAGCAAACAAGUAGUUUUGUUAGUGAACAAGAACAUGAAACAGUAGACCGAAUUCCCGAGAAGGAAGAAAGCCUCACAGAUCUGUCAGUAGGCCCCCUGGAAUCAACCGUGAUAGAAAGGGAUACUUAUAACACACUGACGGACAAGUUUCAGAAACACACCCAGAAACAACAGGAGCUUCAACGCUACAUACAAAUGUUGCUGGAGAGAUCGCCAGGAUCCCCUGUCCUCAGUAAAGAUGCUGAGUCACCCAAAGACAUUUCACCAUCGCAGUCUACCAACACUGCAAAAGAUAAUGAAAACUCAUCAACAGAAAUUCUUACACUGGAUCAGUUGAGUGAAAUUUCCAAGUUGCUCCAUGUUUACCACACUACUGAAGAGGACAAGGAUACAGUGGCCGAGCAACAGCCCUCCACACCUGAGCAGAUGAUGGCAUACCUGAAGGUGAUGCAAUCCAGGGUUGCUAAGGUACAAGAGAAACAACAGUUGAUUCAACCUACCAAUCCCAGUUUAGUAGAUAGUCACAUGAUUAAAACAAGCAUGGCCGUCAUCAAGGAUAAACCUGUGACAGUUACANAGAAUUUCAACUCAGUGGUCCAGAAAGACCAUAAAAUCACAAGAAUAUCCAAAAGCAAGCCUGUAAAGACAUCAGGGCCAGAGGCAAAAACGCGGACAAGAAAUCAACGAGGGAGCGUACCACCAGAAAAACUCAAUUCUGUUAAAAGACCAUCUGGAAUUGAUGUGACAAAAAACGAACGAAUGAGUGUACCAAGUGAAACAAGACAAUCUCAAACUUCUCGAAAGGCUGUCUGGAAGUGACAGUGCCGUGUCUGGGAGACAUUUUUUCAACUCAACUUUCACCCUCUGACACCGAUCAUCAUAUUAGAUUUUGUUAUCCUUUGUAUUAUAAAAUUAUCCUUUAUAUUCUAAGAUAAUAAUAUUUUACGUCAGUGGUACAAAAAAACAAAGGAACGUCCAAAACACAAUACUUAAAGAUGAAUGAUUUAACAAGAUACAUCAAAUUUCAAGAACAACUAACACUUAAAACCAACUCAAACAUUUUUAAUUAAUCCCCAACUCCCUCCUUCCCUGAUAAUUCAAAUGUUGUCCUUCCCCACAAAUAAAACUGAACUUUACCCUUUAUUUUCAGAAAGAAUAUUGUAAGUACCUUCAUCCCCCUUAAAACAAUAUAAAACUUAAAACUUAAUCAUUGAAAAAAACAGUAAGGCAGAAAAGUAAAAAAGUAAGAAGCCAAUUGAAGUUGGGAGUUUCUACUAAAUCACAUGAUAGAAAAUGUUACAUGCAGGUUUUAGCCGAUGUCUGCUGCUAAAUUUUAUCUGUGUGAAUGUAUUGUAUAUCUAUGGAAGAUUAGCGUGUAACGUCCUUAUUGCCUGUGUGUAAAUUAUACCAAAUUUUAGCAAGGUUUGCAUUUGCUCAUAUGAAGAUGAUGUAGUUAUAUUCUGUAUGAAGAUAUUCGUGUAAUGUUUUGGCACUUGUUCCAUGUAAUAUUUUAUCUCGUGUAAAUCAGGUUUAAGAUGUUUCUUAAUCAUAUCCGUAGUGGCUAGUUUGGAAAUGACCCUUCACCUCUGUGUUGUUACUGUAUUCGUUGACUGACACAGGCCAGUAAGAACUGGAAACAUUUAAUACUACAGUAUUUUCAUAUUUUUGUGGCCCAAAAAUCCGGGGCACCAACUUUGACAAUCUUCCAAAUAUAAUUCCAACAUCCUUUUGAAUUAGUUUAUUUUUCUCCAGUGCUCUCAACCAAAAAUCCGGUCGACUGCUUCUUUAAUAUGAAGACUUAUAUUUUGUUUUUUUGUGCCAGGUUAUGAAAUACAUAUGGUAUUAAUUUAUUAAUUAUUAAAUUAAAUUUUGAUAAACAAAUUCAUAUAAAAACACAAACAAGUAUGUUUAUUAACUACUCUUGUAAUUAAGUAGUGUUUAUGUAACUUUUUCAUGGCCAUCUUCAUUAGUAUUAAUUUAUCAAUUAUUAACUUCAGUGUAUUAAUUGUAAUAAACCAUUCAUUAUGGAGACACUAAACAUUUAAGCUUGUAAUAAUUGUCAUAUGUGUUCAUUAAUUCAGUCAAUCAAUCAGGCAGGCUGUCACCUUCCUGUCCGGCUUCUGUGGCAGAACGCCAAACCGUGCUGGUGUCUUUGUAAGUUUUGAACAACUUCUAAAACCAUAGUAUUGCAAUGGUAUAAAUUAUUCAGUUAUUUUAAAGAAGCUGUAUUUGUGUGAAGACAAACAGUUGAGCUUAAAUUUAUUCAGAAUUAUUAUUAUCUCAUAGUUUAAAUACAAUUCAAUAGCAAGCUAGGGAUACAAUUACAUAGUUAUCCAUUCAAAUGAAGUGAGAUGAUAUGCAUGACUCUUAAAUUAUUAAUAAAUCUUACUUUGUUAUAAAUAUAAACACUAAAUUAUAUCUAUAUGUGUGGAUAAGUUGCAUUCGAUUAUUUAUUAUUUUCAUUUAUUUGAAUCCUUUUCGUGGAUUGUAGAUAAUACUAUUGUAAUUAUAGACAGUUCUUAAAAUCAAGUAAAUCUACUAAAGUUAAUGUAUGUAUGUGUUGAAAAUACUGUUUUUAAUGCCCUGUCCAGACUAUCAAAUUUUAAUUGACAUAAACAUUCGACAAUGCUAAAUAUGUUCAUGAUAUGAUGUUGUAUGCGCAUGAUGACUAUAUAUGGGCAUAUAACAGUUUUUUGUCAAUGAAAAUUUGAUAUUGUACAGAGUUGCAGAGUUUAGUGCUGUGCUGUGUUAUCAUUUCUAAUCAGUUUACUCUUGUUUACCAUCGAUUAACAUUCGUUUUAGCAACAUGUACUGGGAAAACAUAUUUACUUAUACUAAGCAUUGUUUCAUUGUUCUGUAAAGAUGAAAAUAUACUAUUGAAAACUAUUUAAUAUGGUACAUUUCACCAAAUGUGAUUCUGAGUGUGUGGGAGGGGAGAUAUGUUUAUUAAUGUUUUGUACACUUGAUUCUGUAGAGAUAUAUUAUAAUGUUUAAUGUUCA